UGAGAGACUGGCAGAACCUUUGUCUGUGUUUGUGGUCUCCCAGGUAACAAGAGAAACACAGACUCACUAGACGAGGCUUGAACAUAGAAACCACGAGAAACAGAAGGGCACAGAUACACAGAGAUUCGGAGAUUAAUAUCUAGAAAUCAAAUUGGAGGUAAAAAGAGAAAUACGGAAUUACAAACAACAGUAGACAACCUCAAAAUAAGUUGGGAAAUUAUUGACAGACAAAUACUCAAGGUAUUUUGAAAUAGCUGCAGUAUAUGCAAUAAUUGUAAGAUGUUCAUGAUGAGAAAUGUAUGAAUAAUACAAGGAUAAAUAAAUAAUACAUAUGUAAAGUUUUAGAUGCUGUUAGAAACAAAUGUGCUACAGAAAUGAACAAUGAAGACAGCAAAGAGGAGAUACAGUAUAUCUGCAGAGUGGUGGAUUGAGAGAAAUUCCAACAUAACAGGAGAUAAGGCCUAGUAUAAGCAGCGAUAUUGAUGAGCAAAGUAUUUGUACAAGCUGAUACUUCUAAUGGAGUUUGAGUUGGAGUUUAAUGGAGUUGGAGCUUGAUAUAUAGCUACAAGCAGAAAAGUGGAUUGAGAAGAAGAUGUGAAUCUUACUGAGCAGUGAGAGGUUCUGGCGACAUGGUCAUUCUUAAUAUUGGGGUGUGGAUUGUAUGUGUCAGUUAGCUAAAAGACCAUAGUGGUGAUGUGCAGCUGAAUCCAGUCUUCUCCAAAUCUUAUGAUUAUACAGCAGCAGUCUUUGGAAAUGGAUCAGAGAAUUGUUAUGCCAGUCCGAUCAUCUUUAUUCUGUACAGGGAGUUCUAUGAUUCUGCUCAGAGAUAUCAAAGAAAAGAAUAUAACCUUUAUUCUGGACACAUCUAUGAAUAUGCAAACUAUGCUGGACGCAGCCAAGUAUCACCUGAUUGAGAUUUUGUUUGCGCGGGCCUAUACAAUGACCGACUGCAAAUUCAACAUCAUUGCAUUUUCUGGCAAGGUUAAAAAAUAUUGUGACGAUUUGAUUGAUUGUACACUUCAAAAGGUAGAGAAAACUAUCCCAUGGAUCAGAUCUCUGGAAUGUAGAGCUGGUAGAAACAUGCAGCAUGCGUUAGCUGUUGCCUUAGAUGAUCCCAGCACUGAUGCUAUUUACCUGAUGACUGAUGGAAAAUUCGACAUCAACCCUCAUAAAAUCUACACUGUAUUGACGUGUGCAGCAAAAGGACGACCGGUACACACCCUCUGCACAAUGGAAAAGUGCAGCAAGAUAGAGGCUAACGAACUCUUGGAACAGAUAGCAUGGCUGACAGGUGCUUCAUUUCAAACUGCAAUGGUCUGCAGACGCGGAGCAGUAGAACAACUUAUCCCAGUCUCUGAACUUCACUCCUUUGAUCUCUUGGGACUACAUUGUUCAGAGACACCAGUACUGAAAAGAGACACCUAUGAUCUAACUGGACUACCCCAUUUUGUUGUGCCUUUCAGCUGGUGUACAAUACAUCCUGAUAGCAAUAAGGUUAAGUCAAAAGGAGAUUUAAUUAAUUCCUAUGCUGGAGAGCUGAUAAGGGGAGUUCGUGUUCUGGCUCGAAGAGAGAAUGAUGGAUAUUACUAUCUGGGAAGACUUGGCAAUGAAAUAGAGAGAUGCCCAGGUCGAUUUUUGGUAGAAUUUGAUAAAAGUAAGAAGAAAAAACUAAAGGCCCAAAGUAGGCUGAAGGAAAUUGCACAUUGUGAUAUAAUGCAUUAUGAGGAUGCGAAAAGGCAUGGUAUUGGACCUAAAUGCACAGUAUUGGCACCAUGGGAGCCUGGGAUGGAACGGUAUGGCCCAGGAACAGUAUUAGAAGGCAGAGAAGAACGGGGAUUAAAUUUAGAUCAUGAUGAUGGCAGUGAAGGGUUGGUUGUAAGUUUCUGGAACGGCAAAACAGAGAAGGUGCCUCCUGGAACAGCGGUACGGAUCCCUCAGCAUCUGGCUGAGCGCAUCAUUUUGGAACUCCAGAUGACCACCUCAGCUAAACAAAAGCUUCUGGAAACUUACCCUGAUUAUCCUCUGAUUGUGCCACCAGGAUACAGAAGUUCUCAGAGUAGUGGUGAUAAAUUGGAGCUUGCAUACCACUCCAGGGUUCCUUGUGUAUGCCGAGGCCUAUAUUCAAAUUGCAGUCAUUAA